AUGACCGCCGUCUAUGAGCCAAAGAACAUCCUUAUCACAGGCGGCGCAGGUUUCAUUGCCAGCCAUGUGGCAGAGCAUUUGUUCUUCAAGUACCCCAAGUACAAGAUUGUGAUUUUGGACCGUUUGGACUACUGCGCCAACACCAAGAACUUUGAUUCGAUGGCGGGGAAGCCGAACUUCAAGUUCGUGAAGGGUGACAUCAAAAGCCCAGACCUUCUGCACUACGUGAUCAAGCAAGAGGAAAUUGACACCGUGAUGCACUUUGCGGCGCAGACGCACGUGGAUCUGUCCUUUGGGAACUCGGUGACCUUUACGGAUGACAACGUGUUGGGCACCCACCGAAUCCUGGAGGUUCUUAAGGAGAACAAGGGCCAAGUGUUGCGCUACAUCCAUGUUAGCACAGAUGAGGUCUACGGCGAAAAUGCCUCCUACAGUGACGAGAAUGACAUGAAGGUGGAAGCGACAUCGCCCUUGGAUCCAACAAAUCCUUAUGCUGCCUCCAAAGCUGCAGCUGAGAUGAUGGUGAAGUCCUAUCAUCGGUCCUAUGGUCUUCCUGUGCUGGUGACACGUGGAAACAACGUCUAUGGCCCCCGCCAGUAUCCAGAGAAGCUGAUCCCAAAGAUGAUUAUGAUGCUGAAGAGGAACAAGAAGCUCACGGUUCAUGGUGAUGGGGCAAGCAAGCGUUCCUACUUGCACGUGAAGGAUGUUGCUGCAGCCUUCGACAUUGUGCUGCACAAAGGUGUCACAGGCAGCACGUACAACAUUGGCACAGCUGAAGAGCACUCUGUCAUCGAAAUUGUGAAGAAUAUCAUCAAACUCAUGAAGCCCGAUGUGGAACCUGACAAGAUGAUCGAGUAUGUGCGCAAUCGGCCAUUCAACGACAUGCGCUAUUUCCUGGACCUGCGCCAAUUGGAAACUCUUGGUUGGAAGGAGACCAUCAAAUUCGACGAAGGCCUCAAGCAGACCGUGGACUGGUUCAGUGUUCACGGCGCGGCAUUUUGGGACACCUGCGAUUUGGACACUGUCUUGGUGGCGCAUCCUGUCCCCAUCAUGAUGCCGGACACGCCAAUGCACGUUGAUUCACAGGCAGCACUGCCUCCUCCACCUGCCAAGAAGGCAAAGAAGGUGAAGUUCCUGGUCUUCGGCAAGACUGGGUGGAUUGGCGGAAUGAUUGGCAAUCUCUUGACACAGAAGGGCUUUUCUUGGGAGUGGGCAAAUUCCCGUCUCCAGGAUCGCGAGUCUGUUGAGAGAGAGCUCUUGCACAGUGGCUGCACACAUGUGAUGAAUGCCGCCGGGCUCACUGGUCGACCAAAUGUGGACUGGUGUGAAACACAUCGCCAGGAGACCAUCCGCGUCAAUGUGAUUGGCACGUUGACCCUGGCAGAUUUGUGUGCUACCCAUGGUAUUCACAUGACCAACUUCGCUACAGGAUGCAUCUUCCACUAUGACAAGAACAAGCCGGAGAAGGUGGAACGUGACCCAAAUUUGGUGGCAAAAGAGGCUGGCAAGACAUUCAGUGAGGAGGAUCGCCCCAACUUCACUGGCUCCUUCUACUCUGAGACCAAGGGCUAUGUCGAGAACAUGCUGAGGGAAUUCGAUCACGUUUUGACUUUGCGCGUCCGCAUGCCCAUUGAUGGAGAUGUUCUCUGCAAUAAGAGGAACUUCAUCUACAAGAUCGCGCAUUACAACAAGGUGGUGAACAUCCCCAACAGCAUGACCGUGCUGCCGGAGUUGCUGCCCUAUGCUGUGGAGAUGGCCCUGCGCCGUUUGACUGGCAUCUACAACUUCUGCAAUCCUGGUGCCAUCAGCCACAACCAAGUCUUGGAGCUUUACAGGGACUACAUCGAUCCAGACUUCAAGUGGGGCAACUUCACCAUCGAAGAACAGGCUAAGGUCAUCACUGCUGCGCGCUCCAACAACGAGCUGAGCCCCCACAAGAUGUGGAAGGAGUUCCCCAACAUGUUGCCGAUCAGGAACUCGCUGAUUGAGUACGUCUUCAAGCCACUUCAGACUGAGAAGUCCAAAGCGGCCAUGGCGAAGAAAUGA